CCUAUCAACACUGUUCUUUCUUUCACGCUCUCAUAGGAAUGGCUGGACCCGACGGACAUGUAAGAAAGCUAGCCCUCUUCUUUGAGAAACUCGGCGCCUCUUCUCCUCCGGAUACGAGAAAAAGUUCAGAAAUCAGGUCCAACCCCGAAGGACCGGUGGCUGGUGGAGGUGCUUCUGUGGACAAACGACAAUUUGUGCCUUGCGAUGUGUGUUCUAAGUUGAACCCCCCUAAUCUUAGUUGCUCUUACUCUGUGGGGCCUUGUGAUAUUUGUGACAAGGUUCAACGCAUUAAUUGUUGCCCUUAUCUCAACCACCUCCCACAGGGGGCAACUUUUAACUCUGGAUAUGGAAUAGUUUGUGUAUGUGGUUAUGUAUUUGAUGAGGUUAAGUGGGUUGUCCCUUAUGUGGUGGGAGCGGAGCAGUGCUUAAGGCCAAGAAUUGUUCCAUUUGUAACGUCUGGAAGCAGCACUGUGCAUAUGAAUGCCCAAAAAGACAAGGAUCUUGCUGCCGAGUAUAAAUCGAUCAGAGAAAAGAUGCUUUCAGAAGUGUCGACUCCCAUUGCAUGGUCAGGUACCUAUGUUCCAACUGAUCCUUGUGGAGACAUGAAAGAAAAAGAUAAUCAAACACGCCGGGGGAAAUUUUUAAUAGCUGCAGUGUUUCAAUAUAAAUAAUGGUCGUUCAGAAGGAGAGUCCCUAUUGUUUAGGGUUAGUACUCCAAAGGUUAUGGUUUCCAGAAGCCAGAUUGGCUUGCCAUUAUGUGUACCACUGGCCUCUACGCUGGGCAUUUAC